CCCAGGCCCGCGGGGCCCCCCUGCCCGGCGGCUUUGUGUGCCCGGGCCCUCCCGGGCUCCUCGCCCCGCUCCCCAGGCGCCUCCGUGCCGCCCUCCUAGCGUUUUGGGGCUGCUGCUGGCGCAUCCUCGCUCUCCACGCUUCUCUUUCUCUCUCCUCACCCACCUUUCCUCCUUUCGGGCCUCGCUGCUUUCUCUUCCUUCCUCGCGGCCUCCGCUCCUUCCACCCGCUCUCCUCCGAUUCUUCCCUAUCGCUGUGCUGCGAUCCUUCCCGGGCCUGCGAGGUUGUGUUUUUUUUAUUUUUAACUAAUCUUUGUUAGGCUUCUGCUGCUCUUCUUUUCUCGGUGCGUGCUUUUCUGCCUUGCUCUCCGCUUCCUCCUCGGGCCUCUGCCACUCCCCAAAAGUUUUCUCUCUGCAGCCUCCUUCCCUCUUUUAUUUUCCCUGUGUGCCUUUAGUGUUUUGCUUCUUUUGUCCCUCUGCAUGCUCUCCGGUUUCCUUUUAUGCACGUAUUUCUAGCUCAGUGAUCUCUUAGCUUUUCACUGCUUCCCUCUCUUCUGUGGGGCCUGCUGCUUCUCGACUUUCUUUUAGUUUCAUGUCUCUUGUUGAUCCUUGCGUGCCUGGAUGAGAUAUAUCACAAAAGAAGAUACAGCUGGGGCUUUUAAUAUUACAGAUAUUUUUUCUGGUUUGAGGAGAGGGGAGUGACUAACCAAUGCAGCUUUAGAUGGAGCUGUGUUAAACAGGCACCUAACUCUGAGACAGAUGCAUGUGAAAGCAAGAUGGAGGUGGUUAUCUCUAACCUACCCUAAACUUUCAAACCAGUAAAUAACCCAGUCUUUCAGGACUAAAAAUUGCUAGAGUGAUGGAGCCAGGGGACCCACUCAUGCUUAAUUGUACAUAUAUGAGGAGAUGAAUUCAAUUCUCAGGAGACCUAAAGGACAGGGAAAUAAAGUUUCAGUACAAAACGGUUCGAUUCAUCAAAAGGAUGCAGUAAAUGAUGAUGAUUUUGAGCCAUAUCUAAGUAGUCAGACAAAUCAGAGUAACAGCUAUCCACCAAUGUCAGACCCAUAUAUGCCUAGUUAUUAUGCUCCAUCCAUUGGAUUUCCGUACUCCUUAGGCGAAGCAGCAUGGUCAACUGCAGGUGACCCUCCGAUGCCAUACUUGACAACUUAUGGACAGAUGAGUAAUGGUGAACAUCAUUACAUACCUGAUGGUGUAUUUAGUCAACCUGGGGCAUUAGGAAAUACCCCUCCGUUUCUUGGGCAGCAUGGAUUUAAUUUUUUUCCUGGGAAUGCAGACUUCUCUACAUGGGGGACGAGUGGAUCUCAGGGACAAUCAACGCAAAGCUCUGCUUACAGCAGCAGCUAUGGCUAUCCACCUAGUUCUCUUGGGAGAGCCAUAGCAGAUGGACAGGCUGGAUUUGGCAGUGAUACUCUGAGCAAGGUGCCUGGUAUUAGCAGCAUCGAGCAAGGCAUGACUGGACUGAAAAUCGGUGGAGAUAUGACGGCUGCUGUAACAAAAACUGUAGGUUCAGCUCUGAGCAGUACAGGUAUGACAAGCAUUGCAGCCAACAGUGUGCCCCCAGUUAGCAGUUCAGCACCUAAACCAACCUCGUGGGCUGCCAUUGCAAGGAAGCCUGCUAAACCUCAGCCAAAACUCAAGCCUAAAGGUAACGUGGGCAUUGGGGGCCCUGCUGUACCACCCCCACCUAUAAAACACAACAUGAAUAUUGGAACUUGGGAUGACAAAGGGUCAGUGGUAAAAGCACCCCCAGCCCAACCAGUACUGCCUCCUCAGACUAUAAUCCAGCAGCCUCAGCCAUUAAUUCAACCACCACCGCUGGUGCAAAGCCAACUGCCUCAACAGCAGCCUCAGCCACAGCAACCACAACAGCAACAAGGACCUCAGCAGCAGGCCCAGCCUCACCAGUUGCAGCAGCAACAGCUGCAAAACCGCUGGGUAGCACCUCGUAAUAGGGGGGUGGGCUUCAGCCAGAACAACGGAGCUGGUACUGAAAACUUUGGUUUAGGCGUUGUAUCCGUCAGCUCCUCACCUUCUGGUGUGGAAGUGCACCCAGUGCUGGAGAAACUAAAGGCCAUAAACAACUACAAUCCCAAAGACUUCGAUUGGAACCUGAAGAAUGGACGUGUGUUUAUAAUCAAAAGUUAUUCAGAGGACGAUAUUCAUCGUUCCAUUAAGUACUCUAUCUGGUGUAGUACUGAACAUGGUAAUAAGCGCUUGGAUGCUGCUUACCGUUCCUUGAAUGGAAAAGGCCCACUCUAUUUACUCUUCAGUGUGAAUGGCAGUGGACACUUUUGUGGAGUGGCUGAGAUGAAGUCUGUUGUGGACUACAAUGCGUAUGCUGGUGUCUGGUCUCAGGAUAAGUGGAAGGGCAAGUUUGAUGUCAAAUGGAUCUUUGUCAAAGACGUUCCCAAUAACCAACUGCGGCAUAUUCGCUUGGAAAACAAUGACAACAAACCAGUUACCAAUUCGAGGGACACUCAAGAAGUACCCCUAGAAAAAGCCAAGCAAGUGCUUAAAAUAAUUGCUACUUUCAAGCAUACCACCUCAAUCUUUGAUGACUUUGCACAUUAUGAAAAGCGUCAAGAGGAGGAGGAAGCCAUGCGUAGGGAGAGGAAUAGAAACAAACAAUAACUAUAUGGAGAUGUCCUGCUAGAAUUACAACACUAAUGAUGUAGACUCUGGAAAUGCCUAAUAUGUCUAAGAAGACGUUAUUAAAGCUUUUUUCUGCUUAAGGUGACAUCUUUGAACACUUUAACACAAAAUUGACUCUUCUUGUAAUGGUUCUCAUCAGUGCAUCUGCCCUUAUACUCUCUCACCAAACACACUUGAGAACUGUACCUUCGUCAAGCACUUUCUGUCCUGAAGCUUUUACCAGUAUCUGCUGUCUUUUGUAUUUAUGCAUCCUAGCUAAGGCACAGGAGACCGAACGAAUGCAAGGAUUCAUUAACUCUUUGAAUUUGUUAAAUACUAACAUUUAACCAUUAGAAGUGGUUCAAUGAUGUGAGAUUCACAUUGCUUCAACUUAAUUUUUUUCUUUGUUGUAGUUUUUUUAAUUGUCAGUUUUUAGCUAUUCAACAGAUUAAAAGCAAAUCAUGCCAUAUUUAGUCCUGGAGUAAAACUCAAGUCUAAAUGUUCAUGUGAAAUUAUUGUAGUAAUCUUUUAAUAUGGCAAAGCAACUUUAAGCUGCAGUUUAGCCAAAUGAAACGUAACAUAAAAUUAUAUUAGAAUGACAUUUCCCUUGUUUCAAACUGUUUGGUGUAAGAGAAUAUUAAUAUGCAGCUUGGUGGACACCACCAGUUAAUGCACAUUUCUUUUUUUCUGUAACAUGUAUACUGAAAAAGUGCAUUUGUCUGAGGAACUGUUUGUUUGCUACCACUCAAUGAAUCUCAGUUUUGAGUAAAUGUACCUCAGUCUAAAUCAGACUUUUUAUGACCUUUAUAACUACAUUUAAAAUAAUCUUUAAUUCCUAUUUCUGGGUGUUUGCAAGCCUGACAGAUUGCUAUCAUGAAAGUGAAAAUUUACUCCUCUAGGUGAUUCACUAGCUAAAUAAACAUAAUUCUUGUUUAGCAAGCA